AUGUCUCGGCGUUACCCUGUCGCUGAUGUCUACGACGACCGUGAGCGCGAUCCUUAUGCUCGAUCUCGACCUGCGCGCAACUACGACGAUAUCGAAGUUGACAUCAACCGCACUCGCUAUGCCGACCGCCCAGAGACUGUUGUAAGCGACCGCCGAAGCACCCGCGGAGCAAAGCUUCCAGAUUUCCUCCACGACGAUUACGGACGAACAAAUGCCGGCCCACUCGUAGUUAAGAAUCGCGAGGUGGACGAAUAUGCCGACUAUGUUGCUCGUAGAGAGGUCGACACCAUGUCGCGUAGAGGCGGCGAAAGAAUCGAAAGAGACGAACUCGUGAUUCGGGAUCGCAGAGCUGAGCCUCCACUUCGAGAACGACCACCGCCUCCGAGGGAUCCCAGAGAUAUCGAGCGCGAGGAAAUCAUCUUUCGACGUGGCGAACGUGAACAGUCACGACCUCCUAGACCAAGAGACAGAGGAGAAAUCGAGGAGACGGACAUCUUGAUUCCUCGAAGCGUACGCAAUGUGGAAAGAGAGGAGAUUAGCAUACGCGAGCGUGAGCGCAGCCUCCCACCUCCUCGCAGACGCAGUCCAGGUCCGCUUGCACGUGAGAGAGAAGAGUGGUUGUUCAGGCGUCGCGAGCCUUCUCCACCACCUCCUCCCAGAGAUGAGCGUGAGGAGAUCAUUAUCCGCCGCCGCCAGCAUGAAGAGCCCUCUCCUCCUCCCAUGAGAGACGACAGGGAAGAAAUCAUCAUCAGACGACGAGAGAGGUCUGUUCCUCGUGAGCCUAGCCCUGAACCAGUCAGAGAGCCAACCCCUGAGCCCCCACCACCGCCACCGCCAGAGCCUAUCGUCCGUCCACCGAUCAUCCAGGAAAUCAUCACACAUCACAGACACAUCGACCACGGUAUUGAGCGAGUCCGCUCACCAGAACCAGUGCCCAGUCCUCCACCAGCCCCACCAAGUCCUCCUCCUGCACCUAGAGAUGAGAGUCUCGAGAUAGAAAUUCGCAGACGCAACAAUCGCAAUGGGGGAUACGACGAGAACAUUACCUUUGAGCGUGAAGUGUCUCGCCCACCACCUCCACGUGAGCCGGAGAUGGAGCGAAAUGUUGAACUUACCCGCUCUCGCUCAGUCUCAGCACCUCGACGUCGCUAUGACGACGAGAUUGCGGCCGAGGCCGAAUACUACAAUCGCAAAGCACUCGAGCGUGGCCAUAUGGGCGAGGCACAGAAUGGUGCGACUCGAGACUGGGGACUCGUUGACAUACCUCCCGGAACCAGACGAGUUCAGAUGGAUGGUUUGGGAGGUGCUCGACAAGACAUCACCUGGCAACAAUAUAACGGCUCCCGGAGAAGCAAGUUCUAUACUGCUGACGAAGAGUUUGUGACUGAUUUCGGUCCCGGAGGCCCUGCACCCGAGCGCAAAGAAGAAAAGCGUAAAGUCACAAAAGACAUGUGGACUGAAGUCGCCAAAGAUUUGGUCAUCAAGGAAGCCAUUGAGGAGAUGGGUUAUCAAUACGAGGACUCUGAGCACUUUUUCUAUGUCAUGGAAUAUCUGAAAUACGAGGACGUCCUUCAGCUCGUGGAGCUUACAGAAGAUAUUCGUCGUGAACGUCGUGACCGCAUUCGCGAGAUCGAAUGGGAACGUGAACAACUCGAGAGACUUCCACCUCCCAAGCCACGUUCACCACCCGCAAAGCCUCGCUCCAAGUACGACGAGCGCAUCUACGAACGCGAGGUCAUCUACGAUGCGAAGCGGUCAGGCAGGUACCGUUGA